AUGGAAGAAACACUUUACGAAAAACCAUCAAAAAUUAGAAAAAUUGCAAAUAAUUGUGUAAAAUUAAUUUUACAUGAUUUCAUUAUUAUUAAUCAGUCAUCGGAAGAUGUUUCCUCUAAUCCUGCCAUGAUGAUGAUUCAUGAAAAAUUGAAGUGUCCACGUAAAACCACUACAUUUCAGCCAUGUCUUGUUGAUGAUUCAAUCAAAUACAAAACUUGCCUCAAUUGCAAUUUCACCUUUCCUUGUGAUGUGAAAAUUUCAUAUCGAACUCAAUUAAUUAUCGUCACCGAUGCUGAGAAUAGGAGAAUUGUGUUUUUUAAUUUGGAUACACUGGAAUAUAUCAAUGCUUUGGUUACACCUGGUUUGAAUCCAUUCUAUUUAUUGGUGGAGGAAGAGGAGAAUUCAGAUAAUCUCUUUGUGAGUGGGAGUAUGGAUGCAAUUAUGAAAAUGAAAUUGAAUCAUGUCAAUUCCAAUUUGCCCCUAGCUCAGCUUUUGUGGUUUUCACAGAAAAUGUUUAAAGAUCCACAGGGAUUGGCCAUUCGAUAUGGAAAGGAAGGGAAUUUUAUAUACGUGUGCGAUCGGUUCAAUGAUCGUAUUGUAAUUAUGAAAGCUUCUGAUGGAACUCUUGUGAAAACCAUAUCCUCCAUCAAGGUUUUCCAUCCACUCACUCUAGAAAUUGAAAUUAACUCAAUGCUUGAACCAUUUGCAAUUACAAUGGAUGAGAAUCGUGGUACAAUCUUGAUAGGUUUCAAAAAAUCUCUACUACUUGUCUCGGAAGAUGAAAGUGACAGUUUUACACUCUUGAAAACUCUGAAUGCUGAUGUAAAUAAUCACUCUCAUCUUUUACUUGAUAAGGAGAGUAGAAAUGUAUUGAUUGGAGAUGAAGGAAAUCAUAGAAUUUCAGUUUUAAAUAUUGAUAGUGGACUUGUGGUGAAAUCAUUUGGAAAAUUUGGUAAGGAUGAUCCUUUCUCGUUUGAUUGUAUCACUGGAUUUUGCUCUGAUAGGAGAAAUGGUUCUGUAUUUAUUUCAGAUUGUGAAAAUCAUCAAAUUAAGGUGUUUGUUAGGGAUGAAUUAAAAUAA